AUGCAGUCGUUCAAUUAUGGUUCGAUGCCGAUGGGAGGGCGAGGGGUUAUCAUGGCUUACCGCGCCCAGCACCUCCAACAGCAGCAGGGCCACACGCACCAUCAACAUCUCCAUCAACACCAACAUCAUAAUCAGCAACAGCAGCAUCACAAUCACCAGUACUACGGCUACCAUACACAUUACCAGGCUGUGGUGUCUCCCAACGGUGCCACCGCACCUCAGUUAACACAACCAUCUUUUUUUCCCCUUCAUGCUGUAGUAACCCCGCCUCAUUAUUACAAUCAUUUGCAUCACCAACAUCACCUUUCGCAUUCUCAACAUCAAAUACAGCCGAACUCUGCUGUGGGGUAUGCUAAAACGGAGCGUUCUGGAUUUUCGCUAUACACACCUGCAGUUUAUGAUGCGGGUUAUUCUGCUUCUCGGCAGUCAUCUCAUCGAGAAAGUCAUCGUGGGGGCCGUGGUCGCACGGCAACGCGAGGAGGACACAACGCCGAGGGCGAUGUUCGAGAAUCCUACUUUGCGGUACAAUUAAAGAGUUUUGCGGCGUUGGACGAAGCAAAGCGAAAGAGUAGCAUACGUGAAUCUCUUCAUCCGACGGUGUUUGGGAGAAUGAGGCGUCGCGCAUCGCCCGGAGUACUAAAGAUUCUUGUCAUUGUGGCACGACAGUAUCUUGCGGCAUGCAUGUCAGUACCGCAGUCGGAUGACGACGUGAUUUUAUCGAAGGGAGUUGCGAUGACAUUUUUAGAUGUACAGCACGUCUAUUGUGACGACGGCAUUCGAUUAGUGGACAUGGAUGACGGCACCCAUGUUGUAAAACACGUUUAUUCGACACUUCGAACUGCUCUGGCCCAACUGGCAGCACAUGACAGGACGGAUAACAAGAGAGAGGCUACUGUAAAUCUUUUACAACCCACCGGGACACUUUUGCUGAAAGACAUUCUUGUCAAUCGUGCCGUGGCCACGACGAUUUUGGAGACUUUGGAAAGAGACGACGAAGAUGCAAAUAAUUUUUGGAUGCAACUUCUUUUUGAGCCUGCUCCUCCCACGGCGACGGAUGGCGCGGAUGGUUCGUCGCAGCAGCAGCAGCAGCAGCCAUCUGGAAAGCCAGGUCCUCCCCCGUUUCUUCCAUCAUAUGGGGUGGCAAUUUUUGCCACGACGCAGGGGAGUUGGUUAUUUAGAAAGGCCAUGAUGCAUCCCCAGCGAAGAGAGGCUUUCUUUCGCGUGUUACAGGACGCGGCAGUAGCACCUCCGCAGGAUGACACUGAAGCGGUGCUGUCACCGACUAUUCCUGAACGGCUAUUUCUGGCUCUGUUUUCUUCUCCUCUGGUAUCGCGCUUUGUGUUUGAGUGCUUUGGUUUGGUGGAGGGGGUGCAGCUUUGUGAGGCGGAGUUGACAGUUCUGUGUGCCGCUCUGGGGCGACUUGCACUAAAGGUUGUCUGCAGCACCGGCGGUAGUUUUCUCAUGACGGCGCUGGUGAAGGCACUUUGUCCAAGUCGCUUCACCCGCGGGCAAAAGACGAGUGGGAAACGUGGCCGUGACACGGAGACGCAUAUAAAACAACAACACGGCGACAAUGAGGGCCAACACCGUGCAACUGGCGGUGACGGUGGCGAUGGUGGUGGUGGUGAUGGUGAUGGUGAUGGUGAUAACGAGGGAAAUAACACUGGAAGCAGCGAGCAAGAAGACAAGACAAAUGGUAUGUGUGAGCAAAAUCGACCCAUCCACGUGGUGGGGCAGGAAUACCGUAUGUCGGAGAUGUCUUCAGAGUGGCGGCUCAUUUACGCGGUGGCUCGGGCCUUUGUAUCCGGUCCCAUUCCUGGUGAUACGGAAGAAACGGAGGCAACGCUGAGUUGCCGUGUCAAGUUGCUCACACAACACGUCGUGGCGUGCCGGUCCAUACAGAGUCUUAUUCCCUUCUUUGCUGAUACCGUUGCCCAAGGGGAAACGGAUCCAAAGCAGCAGCAGGAAAGUGCACAAAACACAUUGCCUGAUGCAGCACAGUUCUUCGAUGACUGUUCGAAAAUCCUCUCGGAGAUUGCGAAUCAAACGGGACUUCUGGCGAACCAUAGUUACGGGAAUUACGUAUUGCAGACAGUGGUGUCGGAGCUGACGCAGCGCACCGUCUCGGGAUCCCUCAUUCAAUCAAUUUUACACAAGGUCUUUGGUACGUUAAUUAGCACCGUCUUUGAGGCGAGUAUGCAGAAGUUUGCUUCGAAUUGUGUUGAGACGGCAAUUGCGGCGUGCCACAGUCUCCCGGACGGCAGUGCCCUCCUCCUGCGCUUUGCCAACGCGCUGCUCUCGGAAGGACCAACUCAAAUGGAGAGGGUGGCGAUGCAUCAGUUUGGCAACUACGUUGUGCGCCGUGUACUCGACUCCCUCACUGACAUCGCAACGUCGGCUUUUGCCACUGCCACCCCGGCGGAGGUGCAGGAGGCGUGUGAGUUGGAACUGCAGUACUUCAGCAUCCUCAGCGCGCAGUCCCACCGGCUCCGUCAGACGUCAUACGGCUCGGGUCUGCAGGCGUGGGUGGAGAAUCAACGUGGGAGGCUGCAGGGGGCAGAGGCGGGAGAAGAGGUGGCAGGUGGGGGAUGA